UCUAACGUCAAGACUUCCGGAUGGGAGUAAACAUAACUAAUUUUAGAUUUGUUAUUUUUAAGUGAAACAAACAUUACCAAAGAUGUCGUUCGCAGGAUUAAAAAAACAGUUCAACAAAGCAAAUCAGUAUAUGAGUGAAAAGAUAGGUGGUGCUAAAGGAACAGAGCUAGAUGAUGAAUUUAUUGAAAUGGAAAGAAAAACAGAUGUCAUGGGAAAAUGUGUGGAUGACCUGAUAGGUAAAACAGAAGAAUUUCUACAACCCAAUCCAGCCUCCAGAGCAAAAUUACGAACAGUAAACACAAUAUCGAAAAUGAGAGGUCAGGCAAAAACAGGUGCCUACCCACAACCUGAGGGUACACUUGGUGAACACAUGUGUAAACAUGGGAAAGACUUAGGAGAAGAUUCCACAUUUGGAGAAUGUUUAAUUGAAGCUGGAGAAAGUUUUAAACAGUUAGCUGAUUAUAAAUAUUCCUUAGAAGAUAAUGUUAAACAGAACUUUUUAGAACCACUCACUCAUCUACAGACGAAAGAUAUAAAAGAAGUCAAUCAUCAUCGGAAAAAGUUAUCUGGUAGAAGAUUAGAUUAUGACUGUAAAAAGAGAAAAAAGGAUAAAGAAACAACAAGCAAAGGCGCAGGAUCUCAAGUUACAGAUGAAGACCUAAGGGUUGCUGAAGAAAAAUUUGACGAAUCAAAACAAUUAGCAGAAGCUGCAAUGAGUAACCUCUUAGAAAAUGAUGUAGAACAUAUAUGCCAGCUACAGUCAUUUAUAGAAGCUCAAGCUGAAUACCAUCGGUCAGCCAUGGAAACUUUACAGGGUCUAGUACAGACUUUAGAAGACAAGAGAGAAAAUGCUGGAUCCAGACCAAGAAGGGAACGUAAAACUCGACCAAUGUCUGAAAGACGAAGCACCUCCCCAGACCAUUUUUAUGAAGCAGCACCUAAUGACUUAACAAACCAUGGCAAUGGUUUUAAUUAUAACUCAUCUUCUAGUUUUAGUUCUGCACCAAAAAAGGAAGCUUGUUGUGAAGCUUUAUAUGACUUUGAACCAGAGAAUGAGGGAGAGCUGGGGUUCCAGGAGGGGGAUAACAUCAAGUUAAUAUCUCAGAUUGACGAGAAUUGGUAUGAAGGAUCUGUAAAUGGAAGGACUGGAUUUUUCCCUGUUAAUUAUGUCAAAGUUGUAGUGGAUCUGCCUCAUUAGAAUAAUCUCAUUGUUGACUGUUUUCGUUGUUGGUUUUUGUGGACUAUGAUUUGAGCUUCCAAAUUUUAUUGUGGAUAAGUAAGAUUCUUAGAUAAGAUAAAAAAUUUCAAUUGUGGAUAGCUAAGAUUUUUAGAUAACAGUUUAAAUUAUUAAAUGUACAAGGAGACAAAUAGUAUAAUGAAAUAGUUAUGCAAGAAUGAAGUUGAUUUUUUUUUUAAUUUACUUUGGAAGACAUUUAGUUAGAACCGUAUUAUUUUAAUUUAAAUAUUUUAGUAUAUAUUCAUUGAAUAGUUCAUUUUUUAAUACAUUAAAGGAAUUUUAUAUCAAAGUCAGUAAAGAUAUUGGUGACGACAUAAUAAUUCAUGCAUGAAAUUAUACUUUCAAAGGAAAAUAAAUUGGAGUUUCACUCUAGACAAGAUAAAUAUUGUCCAAAAAUACAAAUUUUCAUCAUAAUUUUUGUUUAUGAAAACAAGGGAGGUAACCUAUGUGUUAUAUGAUGAUCUGUCACGUAUUAUUACUUAAAAUCAGAAAAAUGACGAAACAAUGUGGAUCUAUCUAGUUCUCUUAAAAAAAAACAGAUAAAAGCUUAAAAAACAUUGAAUAUGAUUUUGAUUGUAUCUGUAAAAGUAAUCCAACAUGCGACAUCACAAAUUUUGGCCUGAGAAACUUACAGUUAAUUUUCUAUGAUCGGAAAAAAACAUUAUUUGCUAUAUAAGAUAGUAAGUAAAUAUUUUAUGUCUUCUUUUUUUUUUUAAUUUUCAUUUUCUAUUGUUUAUGUUAGUUAUGAUUGUUUGAGAUGUGUUUUUCAUGCCAGCUUGUGUAAUACUUAAGCUUUGUUUGCCUGAAGUGGCAUAAUUGAUUUGAAUAAAAGUGUAGAUUGAAUUUAAAUAUAAACCAAUUUAUAUCUUUCUUCUUGUCCAUAAUUUUUGAUUUUAGAAAAAGAUAAUUUUUAAACCAAAUUUCAGUGUGAAUAAUGUUGAUUCUUCAUCAAUUUACCACUACUUUACACAUUGAAAACAUAUACACAAUACCAAAUGUUAAACCAGGCUGAAAAUAUGGGACCAGUAGAUAUGAUUAAUGUUGUCUAACAAUUGUCCUUUUUAAAAUUAGGAAACAAAUUAUUUAAUGUAAAAAUUGUUGAAUUUUUAUGUAAAUACUGUUAAUUUUUACCAGAUCAUGACUUAAUAAGUAUGUUUAUUUAUAUAUAUAUAUAUAUAUAUAUAUCUCUAUUAUCUUGAUAUACCUAAAAAUACCAAAAAUACCUCUGAUGAAAGUACUAAACAGUAAGGACUACAAAGAACGUUUACAUGCAUUAGUCAAAGAAAGUUGUUUCAAUGAAGUCAUCUAUUAUAGUUAUAAAGGUUAUUUUGAGGGAGUUUAUUGACAUUUAAAAUUUUCUCAACGAGUAAACUGAAAAAAGUCCUGUGAAAUUAGUAACACUUUAAGAAGUAUUUCACCUGUUUAGGAAGACAUAUGUAUACAUGUACAACCCUUUUGUUGCCAUGACACUCACCAAUUAAAUUAAUAUUAGAUAGCCUCAACAUUUUACAUAGGUCAUCUAUUAUCAUAAGCCAGAUUAGCCCCAUGCUAUUAAGAUUGUCUGUCAUGACAAAUUGAGGCAUUUUAGUAAAAAAAUUAACUUGUCAUGAAGGCUGCCAAGAGAAAACUUACAAGUGUACAUGGCAAUAUAGGUCCUGACAUUUUCAAACUAUUUAUUUAAAAUAAUCCCUGUCUGCAAUAAAGCAAACAUUAAAUAUAGAUUUUCCAAUGUAAUGGUAAUACAAAUUUGGAGACACAAAAUUAACCUUCUUUUGAAGAUCUUUUUAUAAUUCUUAUUCUGAAUUAAAGGAGAUUUGGCAUAUUUUUAAAUGAGACAACAACCCAAUGACACAAAUAACCAAGAUACAAAUUCUUAAACAUUGUAUGUUAAGCAUCCAUCCAUCCAUCUUAUUCUUGAACACAGAUGGAAAUGGUCUCCUUUGUAAAGGGUGAUAAAUGAAGAUUUUUGUAUAAUAGACAUUGUCUCAUCGAUAAAAAUAUAUUUGAAUUUUUGAUGUUCGAGUUUGUAUAUUAUUUUAGACAAGAUUGUCUAUAAAUUAACAGCCUGGCUGUACCAUAGAAUAUUAGUUAAUUAUAAUCGCUUAGCUUUGUUAUGUUCACUGAGAUUAUGUGAUGCUUAGAGCAUUUGUGCACAUUGCUCAAACAAAUCCCUAUAGCUUUAAGGCUUUUGUUACUUUUUAAGUCAUCACCUGAAUUUAAAAUUGAAAAAUAUAAGCUAUGUCUUUAAAUAAAUUUGACCCAUAUUGGCUAGCCUGAGAAAUAGUUUGUUAAUAAUAUCCAUGUUGGCUGUGGAAUAAGUGUAUUACAUUUUCAUUAGAAAGUGGUAGUUAAAACUUCUGCAUGGGAAUUAUUAAUGAGUUAUAGUUCCUUUACCAUAUCUUUAAGAAUGAAAUACUGUGGAUUCAUUAUUAUUCGUAGGAUACCAAUUUUCCUGGAUUUUGUGAGUACAGGGAAACCAUGAAUUUAAAUGUUCAACGAAUUACAAAUUUGCUGUAUGAUUAGAUGCAGAUUUUUGAAAAACCAUGAAAUCAAAUAUCCACGAAAAUGCAAGUUUUCCUCAAUCUUUGAAAAUUGGGACCCAUGAAAAUAAAUGAAUCCACAGUAUUCUUAGAUCAGAAGUCAAUACUUAGGCUUCAGUCCAUAAGAAAACCAUAUAAAAUCCUUUAAACAAAACAUUCCUUACAUUUAGUAGGCAUUAUAGUUUAGAUAGAUCUGAAAUUUAAGAGAUUACGUUCAUUAUACUUCAUAAUUAUAUAUGUUUAUUACUUUCUUCACCCUCAACUUCCUGUGUAAUCUGCUGAAAUUGUAUAUUUUGCAAAACACAUCUAUAAAAUUUACCAUAUUGUUUGAGAGCUGUUUUUAUCUUUUGUCAAAAGAUAUAUUGUUAUUUCACUUUUUUGCAAUAUUUGUUUAGAUGUAAUAUAUAAAUUCUUUAUGGCAUAUUUCUUCAUGGCAUAUUUUGUUUUAUACAAAUGUUUAAUUGAAUUCACCUGUAAAACUUAUUAAAUGAUCAUGCAUA